AUGGCUGAUAAUUCAUUAAAUGUAGAAGAAAUUAGUAAAAUUUGCAUUAGAUGUAGUAAGUCAGUUGGUACAGGAUUAAGAUGUGUGAGAUGUGGCACUCUGUCGCACAAAAGCUGUUUAAAAUAUAUAAAAGCCCAAUUAAUUGAUGAUUACACUUGCAUUUGCUGUCCUGACGUUACACUAGGAGCAGUAGGCAAUAGUCAAAUGCAAACUAAUAUUACCACGGAUGACAAGGCUCAAGAUGGUCGCGAUAUUAAUAUUGAAAAUAAAAUAUUAAUGGAAAGGAUGAUUUAUUUAGAAAAGAUCAUUAAAGAAAAGAAUGACACAAUUAAAUUUCAAAACAUCUCCAUUGAGUCAUUGCAAGAGCAAAUAUCACUCAUGAAGAGGGUUAACGAAAUUUUCAACACCAAGGCACCAUUGGAAACCUCGGUAAUCAGCCAACAGACAGCAGAAAUCUCUGGACCCACUAAGAAGAGCGAGGAAACAUAUUCACGAGACCUCCCGCCACAAGCCACCGUUAACUUGAUCAAGCCUCAAGAAAUCAGAGCUGCUAUACAUAACGCACAGGCUUCACGAAUUUGCGAAGAUAUUGUAAACUCCGACAACAACAUGACAUCCUCACAAACAUCCAGGAGAAACGUAAAACCUAGGAAUAUCUUAGUUGGAGAUGGUGGAAAUAGACAAAAGCCUAAGAACUUGCUAAUAGGUACAAUGUGCAACGAAAACGCAAACCUACAGGCAGCAAAGUUGGAGGUACUAAAUCAUUAUCAUUCUACAAAUUGGAAUCCAGAUACUACUGUAGAUGAAGUGAAAAAACAUUUUAUAAACAUCGAGCCACAUAUUGAAGUUAAGCAACUGAAUUCAAGAUUUCCACAAAAAUAUGCAUCUUUUAAGAUAUCAAUACCAGCCACUAGUGUAGAUAAGGCUAUCAUAGAACUUAUGUCCUCAGCCUUUAUCAAUGUAAAAUAA